CGUAUUAACGGAACUCACUUCGUAUAUCAGAGAUACGGCUAUCGCGCCACAACUUACGAGUGAUCGGUGCGAACAGGUCUGGUCUUCGACUGCCUUUCAUUUCUUUCGUUCCAUUCCAUUUUAUGCGGUGGACUUCUCGCUUUCUUUGCGGUUUACGUCACCUCGAAUUUGCGCGCUUUUAUUGGCCUUGAUUUAGUUCGUUCAAUAUUUGGUUGCGUUUCGCGGCGCAUCUGAAGCACACGCCCGUUCUCGAUGUUCGGAAUAUCCGCUGUGAGUCUUCGUGGCCGCGAGUCUCUGAAACGUGGUCAUUGCGCCCUGGAUCGAGCAGCGGCGACUAGCGAUGGAUCCAGGGCAUCCGACACCCAUUAAAGAAGAUCAUGAGGAUCAGGCUGCCGCAACAAAGGCCGCCCGAAGGACCUCCACUCGUGAAUCGUGAACGCCGGACCAAACAAAUAGACGGCCCUUCGGUCCUCGGCAAGGUCAGAGUCACGAAGGCCAAGGCCAAGUCGAAGGAGCGGAACACACGGAACAUGCAGACCCAGAAGCCCAAGGCUCCAGAACCCGAGCCUUCUAUCCAGAAGUUAGACGUCAUCUUGCAGAGCAGCACUUCACAGGCGUCGAAGCGUCCCGAGACAAAGUCUCGGCGUACCAAAAUUGAUAGGCCACUCCGCCAAAUUCACCCACAGAGUGUGUCUAAGGCAAGUCGGUUCGCCGGUAUCAAGGUGAAAUCACCAUCAGGCCCACGACGCCGUGGUGCCGAGCAGACCCAAUCUCCAGACCGAGCACGCCGGCCUACGCCACAGCAAGCGUAGUCCGCACCUACCACCACACGAAGCGGACGGAUAUCAAGGCCGCCAACAAGACGUGCUCCUGGGAGCAGGGCUUUCGCUACGACUUCCCCCAUACUGCCGUGAUCAAGAUUCAUGGCGUAGGGGUGGGAUCCUUGGGGGAAGUCGCGGGGAGGACAGGUCGCGGGGAGACGAAGGGGCGCUCUUUGAGGAAUCGGGGAGUCUGUUCUUUUGGAUAGCAUUAGCAUCACG